ACUCUUCUAUGGCUGAGGACAAGUCAAAGUCUGGAGAUGACAACAACUCUCCUGAAGCCGACGACAAUAACUCCGAGUCUGGAGACGACAACAAGUCAGAGUCUGGUUUUCACAGAGCCCUUUGUAUGCCGAUGGAUCGCAAAAGAUGGUGUGUUGCAGAACUUUGCAAAGGAACGAUCGCAGGAUCUUUUAAGAGAAAUUGGAGUACAAGGGGGAACAAUCGGAAGCUGUUGCUGUGCUAGUAGUUGGAGGGCUUUCGUGGAAUUAUGCCCAUCCAAUCGCUCCAGAGUGGUGGUCUCGGCUCUUUGCUUGAAGGCGGUUGGUUCGACAGCAACCUACAUAGCAUGACAAAUGUCACCAAAGACGGGCUCAACUACGUUUCGACUCUGUUCGUACAUGCGACGUGGGACAGGAGUCAUGUGUGAUCUUC